UGCUCCUGAGGUUGAGGGGACCGGGAGAGGGCGAGGGGGAGGGUAGAGCCCCCGGCUCGGAGCAGCGGGUAGCAGCAGCUACGACGAUGAGGACGAUUUGGAGAUUGGCCUGAAGGAGGGACCGUCCCUCCCGCGCGGAAUGCGAUGUUAAUUCUGGGGCAUUGAUGUUUUACAAUGCCUGAUCCAGACAAAAAGGUGAAGACCACAGAAAAGUCAACUGAUAAAAAACAGCAAGGAGUCACCAGCAGGGACUAUUCAGAUCUUAAAAGACUCCGGUGCCUUUUGAACGUUCAAUCAAGCAAACAACAGCUUCCAGCCAUUAACUUUGAUAGUGCCCAAAAUAGCAUGACGAAGUCUGAGCCCGCCAUCAAGGCGGGUGGACACAGAGCUCGAGGUCAGUGGCAUGAGUCCACAGAAGCUGUCGAACUUGAAAAUUUUAGUAUAAACUACAAGAAUGAAAGGAAUUUCAGCAAACAUCCCCAGCAUGUGUUAUUUCAGGAGAUCUUUACAGCCUUGGUGAAAAAUAGACUCAUAUGCAGAGAGUGGGUUAAUCGAGCCCCAUCUAUUCAUUUUCUGAGAGUGUUAAUUUGUCUGAGGCUACUAAUGAGGGAUCCAUGUUAUCAGGAAAUACUCCACAACCUGGGUGGGAUUGAAAACUUAGCUCAGUACAUGGAGAUGGUUGCCAAUGAGUACCUGGGCUUUGGAGAAGAGCAGCACAGUGUGGACAAGCUGGUCAACAUGACGUAUAUUUUUCAAAAACUUGCGGCUGUCAAAGACCAAAGAGAAUGGGUCACCACAAGCGGAGCCCACAAGACUUUAGUAAAUUUACUCGGUGCCCGGGACACUAAUGUCUUGCUGGGUGCCCUUCUGGCCCUGGCAAGCUUAGCAGAAAGUUCAGAAUGUAGGGAGAAGAUAAGUGAACUCAACAUUGUCGAGAACCUAUUGAUGAUUUUACAUGAAUAUGACUUGCUUUCCAAAAGACUGACUGCAGAGCUGCUACGCCUCCUUUGUGCUGAACCCCAGGUGAAGGAGCAGGUGAAGCUCUACGAGGGGAUCCCCGUCCUCCUCAGUCUGCUCCACUCUGAUCACCUGAAGCUGCUCUGGAGCGUGGUCUGGAUUCUGGUCCAGGUCUGCGAAGACCCCGAGACCAGUGUGGAAAUUCGCAUCUGGGGAGGCAUUAAGCAGCUCCUUCAUAUUUUACGAGGAGAUAGAAAUUUUGUUUCUGAUCGUUCCUCCAUCGGGAGCCUGUCUAGUGCAAAUGCCGCAGGCAGAAUUCAGCAGCUUCAUUUGUCUGAAGAUUUGAGCCCUAGGGAAAUACAAGAAAAUACUUUCUCUCUUCAAGCAGCCUGCUGUGCUGCCCUCACUGAGCUGGCACUCAAUGACACCAAUGCCCACCAGGUGGUCCAGGAGAAUGGUGUUUAUAUAAUAGCAAAAUUAAUUUUACCAAAUAAGCAAAAAAAUGCAGCAAAAUCUAAUCUGUUACAGUGUUAUGCUUUCAGAGCCUUGAGGUUUCUCUUCAGUAUGGAAAGAAACAGACCACUCUUUAAAAGACUUUUCCCCACCGACUUGUUUGAGAUGUUCAUUGACAUAGGACAUUAUGUUCGUGACAUCAGUGCUUACGAAGAGUUGGUAUCUAAGUUGAACUUAUUAGUGGAGGAUGAAUUGAAGCAAGUAGCUGAAAAUAUUGAGAGCAUUAAUCAGAACAAAGCUCCUUCGAAAUACAUAGGCAACUAUGCGAUCUUGGAUCAUCUUGGAAGUGGGGCUUUUGGCUGUGUGUACAAGGUUAGAAAACGCAGUGGUCAAAAUCUUCUAGCAAUGAAAGAGGUCAAUUUACAUAACCCUGCGUUUGGAAAGGAUAAAAAAGAUCGAGACAGCAGUGUAAAGAAUAUUGUUUCUGAGUUAACAAUAAUUAAAGAGCAGCUUUAUCAUCCCAAUAUUGUACGUUAUUACAAAACAUUUCUGGAAAAUGAUAGGCUGUAUAUCGUUAUGGAACUUAUAGAAGGAGCCCCACUUGGUGAGCAUUUCAGUUCUUUGAAGGAAAAACAUCAUCAUUUCACUGAGGAAAGACUAUGGAAAAUAUUUAUACAGUUAUGCUUAGCUCUUCGUUACUUACACAAGGAGAAGAGGAUUGUCCAUAGAGAUCUGACACCAAAUAACAUUAUGUUGGGGGAUAAGGACAAAGUAACUGUUACUGACUUUGGCCUGGCAAAGCAAAAGCAAGAAAACAGUAAGCUCACGUCCGUCGUUGGAACGAUCCUGUAUUCUUGCCCAGAGGUGCUGAAGAGCGAGCCCUAUGGGGAGAAGGCUGACGUCUGGGCGGCGGGUUGCAUCCUGUAUCAGAUGGCCACUCUGAGUCCUCCCUUCUGCAGCACCAAUAUGCUCUCCUUGGCUACAAAAAUAGUGGAGGCGGUAUAUGAACCAGUGCCAGAAGGCAUCUACUCUGAGAAAGUGACAGAUACCAUCAGCAGGUGCCUGACCCCUGAUGCAGAAACCCGUCCAGACAUUGUAGAAGUCAGUUCGAUGAUAUCAGAUGUCAUGAUGAAGUAUUUAGACAACUUAUCUACAUCCCAGCUGGCCUUGGAGAAGAAACUGGAACGGGAACGGAGGCGCACACAGAGAUAUUUUAUGGAAGCCAACAGGAAUGCCGUCACAUGUCACCAUGAGCUGGCUCUGCUAUCUCACGAAACCUUUGAGAAGGCCAGUUUGAGUAGCAGCAGCAGUGGAGCAGCCAGCCUGAAAAGUGAGCUUUCUGAAAGUGCAGACCUGGCCCCCGAAGGCUUCCAGCCCCCCUGUGGGAAGGAUGAAGACAGGGCCUGCGAUGAAAUCCUGUCAGAUGAUACCUUCAACCUGGAGCAUAUUGAGAAAGAUAUAUAUUCAGAGCUGGAUGAUGAAUUGGAUGUUUCGGAUAACUCUAGCAGCUCCAGUUCGAGCCCUCUGAAAGAGUCUACUUUCAGCAUUUUAAAGAGAAGUUUUAGUGCUUCUGGAGGAGAAAGACAAUCCCAAAUGAGGGACUUCAUUGGUGGAAUAGGAUCAAGACCGAGACCAGCUUUGCUGCCUCUUGACCUGCUUCUGAAAGUGCCACCUCUCAUGCUCAGGGCCCACGUUAAGGAACUAGAGGCCAAGUUAGGGACAGGGUGGCAGUCCCACAGCCUUCCUGCUGUGAUUCUUCGAAAUCUCAAAGAUCAUGGGCCACAGAUGAGCAUAUGCCUGUGGCAAGCAUCUGCAGGCAUUGCUGUGUCCCAGAGGAAAGUGCGUCAGAUCAGCGAUCCCAUCCAGCAGAUACUAAUUCAGCUGCACAAAGUCAUCUAUAUCACACAGCUUCCUCCAGCUUUGCACCACAAUUUGAAAAGAAGAGUUAUAGAGAGAUUCAAGAAAUCCCUCUUCAGCCAGCAGAGUAACCCUUGUAAUUUGAAAUCUGAAAUUAAAAAGUUAUCUCAGGGAUCUCCAGAACCAAUCGAGCCAAACUUCUUUACGGCAGAUUACCAUUUAUUACGUCACUCAUCGGGUGGAAACAGCCUGUCCUCAAAUGACCUGACAGGUCCACCCACCAGCUUUGAUUUGGAGGAAGGAAUAACAUAUGAGCAGAUGCAGACUGUGAUUGAAGAAGUCCUAGAGGAAAGUGGUUAUUACAAUUUUACAUCUAACAGGUAUCACUCCUAUCCAUGGGGGACGAAGACUCACCCAACCAAAAGAUGAAAAUAUUGCACUUGGAAUGAACUUGGUUUUCCCAGUGUAGUUCAAGUUCUGGACUUCAGCCACGACUGCAAGAUGCUGAGGACUGGAUUUUGCUAGAAGGGUGUGGAAGGGGAGAGACCAAAAUGCCAUGGGGGCCAGCAGCAUCUUUUUUUCUGGAGGUCCUGUGUGGGGCGUAUGAUAGCCACAGCUCUUAGGGGGACUCCAUUCCAAGUACGUAUUAUGUACAAGACGACAGGGCUGUCAGUGUGCCCCUGGAAGGAAAUGCUGCAAAAGUCAUCUGCGUGGGGUUUGGGGGGAGCCCUGUCUCACAGAACUUGCCUCUGAGUUAAAAAAAAAAAAAAAAAAAAUGGCGUAUUUUUCAAAGGAACAUUUUAUACUCAGGAUUGCUGAAACUGUUUAAAGGCAUCUAGCCUUUCAUAUAUAAAAAAAAAAUUUUAUAUACACAAAGCUACAGAACCCAGAAUGAUAUAUUGGGUGAUUGAUUCAUGGUAUCCUCCAAUUUUUUUUUUUUUUUUGAUCUUAAAAGAAAUUUAAAAUAUGUGAAUUUUUUUUUUUAAUGAAAGAAUUGGUUUUCUCUCAACCACAUGGGUGCUAGUGGUCUUGAGCCAUGACACAGUUUAGACAGUAUUUAUAACCUUGCACAGCAUCUGGAUAUAACUCGAAUCAUCAGAUUUAAGUUAGAGUAAUAGAAUGCAUUGAUAUAUGGUGUGUAUAUAUGUACAUAUAUCUGGGAGAGGGAGGGAGGUUUUGGUUAGAUGAAUGUUUUGCUGCUAAUCAAACUUAUAGUGUUUUUAGAGCACUUUGAGGAGUUCAUUGAAUCUAUGAAAAAGAUGCAAUAUUCCUUAUUCUAAGACCCCUUUACUAAAGUUACCUGCAUUUUAAAUGAAUGUUUAUUGUUUGGUAAUUUGAAAUGAAAACUAGUUAUAUAAUAAACGCAAAUUUCUUCUCUACUCAUUGAAACAGUCCACAGAAAUAAAAAUCAAAAUGCCAGUGUCCCCUUUCUGUGUAGGAAGAAUUUAUGAUGAGAAUUUUUUCUAAUCUUAUUGAGCUAAAACUCCCUCUCUGCAGCUGGCUUGGAACUUUGUUGUAAUGUCAAGAUAUCCCUCAUUGCCAAAUCAAACUGCACUUCUACCUACUUAAAGAACAAUCCAUUCUAUAUAAUUAGUAAUCUGGAAGCUGAAAUUGUACUUUUUAUUUACUUGAGUUCUGUUACCUUUAAUUGCACUGAUAAUUUUUGGCAUGAUUUAACACAAUUUUAGUUCAGUGUACUUACAGAUGUCGAAGCACCAUAUGACCUUUCUGUAUGAAAUGUAAAAUCACCUAAUGUAAAUCUAUACUAUUUUUCAAUUAGUGUGUUUAACACUUAAAUUAUGUUCAAAUGCCUUUUAAUCAUGCAGUAAUGCCUUGUAAAUUGCCAGUGAAUCUUUAUUUUUCCUUAAACCAAAUUAGUAACUAAAACAAUUUUAAAUAGUAGAUAAAAAUACAGUAACAAAAGCUUUCAAUUUUAGCUUUCAAUCUAAUUCCAUCCACAUGUGAAAUUCACAUGGAAAAUCCAAAUUUUACUAAUUUGCCGAGGCAAAUUUUUCUGUUCCAACCUAAUGUGACUCUUUACUAUCAUUUUUAGAAAUCUUUUAAUGUGUGGAAAGGGACACGUUUCUUCUUCUUGCAGGAGGCACAGACCUAGAGGGGCAUAAAUUCUAAUUGUGACAGAAUCUGUGGGGUAAAAGUUUGAGUAAUCGAGUUCUUACCUGAAUGGCAAUAUAUGUAACACAGUUUAGAAAAGAAUAGUAUUCAGAAGUCACACCUGGGUAAGAAAAAAAAAAAAAAAGAUUCAUUUAAAGUGUUUUUAAAUGCAUACAGUUGACUUUAUUGAUCAGAAAGGGAGCAAAAUGUUUCUCUUUUAGGCCACAAGAAUGGCAUUGAUUAUGCUACAAACCUGUCAGAGUAAACAAAAAUAGGCAAACGAAUGUCUUUUUCAUCAGGGUCUCAGGCUUAUCCAUGCAGAUCACGAUGUACUGUUUUGCUAAAAUAAUGAAUGUGCUCUGUUUGAAUUUUCCCUUAAGCUACCACAAUUACUGCAUUCACAUCUUCCCAGUUGCAUGACCAGGUCUCUAAGAAUAUUGGGCACGGACAAGGGGACCAUUUGCUCACAGAGCCACAUCCUCAUGUUCCAUCCUUCAACCAAGGAGCAUCUCCCCUCACAAUAAAGCAAGAAUGCUCAUUUCCUUUGGUCCAUAAUACUAUCUUCUGGUGCAAAGAAGUUGUUACUUGAGCUCAUUUAAUAGACCUCAUAAUCUCUUCUUGAUUGCAUUUAAUUUUUUUUCUCUCACAUAAUUUUUAAUGAUUUGUUGUGCAGUGAAAUCCCUGUGAAUUCAUCAAACCUCUCUAAUUCCCAGUGACCAAAUACUUGUAGGGGAUAGAAUUUGAAUCAGUCUCUUCAGAUAACUUUUGAUACACAAAUGCUUCUGUUAAUUAUGUUUUGAUCCACCAGCUCUAUCUGAUUGUCUGUGCUUGAAACCUUAAUUUGCUCUUUAAAAGCAAAAUGUUCCGUUCUUAGAGAACUGCCUGCAGCAAGGAUAUGUGCUUGCUAGUUUUUAACUUUGUCUUGUUCCACAUGUGUAGUCCUUAAAUGGAGAUCUCAAGAAUACUGAGUGACAUGGACACUUGGGCCCACUGCCUAGGGAUUAAUGCUGAAAAACCUGGAGAAAAGCUGCUGGUGUGGAGCUGGGCCCUGUGCCCAGUCUAGGUGUUCUAAAAUACAGUCUAAUUAAGAAAUACUGUUAUAAAAUAUACUUAAAUGAUAAAAUCGAUUAAGAGUUAAGGUGUUCUAAAUAGGUACCAUCUCUAACUCAUUAAAUACUAUGAAAAUUUGAUAUUCACAAGCAACACAGGACUGGCUGAUUAUGUACAAUUCCAGCAAUGUCAUCAAUUCAUUGCCACUGAUAUUUAAGAUAUGUGAAGACAAUAAUAUUGGUCAAUUUUAUCAGUGUUAAUGUGCAUAGAACCCACAUUGCUCUUUUUGAUUUGCUAAGUUGCAUAAUUUGUUUAUUGCUUUUUCUUUUUUGUUUUUGGGGGUAUCUUGGGGGACUGGUGAAGAAUCAGGUACAGUAAAUAUGCUGACUUCCUAUAGAAGUCCUUCAACUUCUGUCUGAAGGCAGGAAAAAUUUUUCUGAAGCAACAUUUAUUGUUUGUAUUUGCUUUUUGUUUUUCUGUUUUUUGGGGAGGGUAUUGUGGUGGUAUUCAUGAGCAUCAGAUCAACUGGAGAGGCAAUGCAAAGAAAUCGGGCUGAAAUAGCCUCUCAGUACCCUGGUGAUGUAGCUAUAAGGAGCUCCUAAGAAAGGAAAGCUUAGGACUUGACUCCUAGGUGGGAUUCUGUCCAAGCCUGAAAUGCUUCAUGUUCAACAACUAAAUGUCAUAAAUAUAUUUUAUACAUACCUUUAUGAUAUCAUUCAGAUUGUAUUAAUUAUCCUCUGAUGGAAAGUGACAAAAUUCUGGAUAGAUUAUUUUUCCAAUUGAAACGUGCUGCUAAUGUAUGCUUACCCUUGAAUACUGUUUUUCAUAUCGAUAGGAAGACUCACAUGUCUCAGGGAAACAACUUUGUGAUAAAGUCAUUCUUAUGCGUGUCAUUACAGUUAAAUUGUAUAUUGUAAAUAUGACUAUUGUGGAUGGUUAUAGUCCUGCUAUGAUGUUAUUUCAAGAUUUGCCAGAGGGAUAGGAAAGAUUUUAUGAUUUUGAUGGGGUGACUGAUGGAUAUUGCCAACAUACAUGUCCUGUGGGUCCAUGAGCAGUGGUUGUUGUUAAAAAUGAAGAUAACACACCCUAAAGUCACAGUAGAUGAGGGUAUGCUGGAUUUUUUUUUAACCAUGCAUAUGCAGCAUUUGACUAAUAACAUAACAUUUUUAAAAUAUAUAUAGUUCAUUGAUUUUUA